AUGAGAGUGGUCUUGCUGGCCCUGAGACUCAUGUGCAUGGCCGGACUGUGGCCUGUGACGCAUCUCAACACCAGCCACUUUAAGAGGAGGCACAAGGAGCACCACCUGGCAGACAACGUCAAACAGAAGCACGCUGGACGUGUGGAUCCUAAAAUAAAAAAACUCGACAGCACCAAAUCAAUGUUGAUUAAGUCCGAGCAGCUGCUACGAAUAGAGGACCAUGACUUUGCAAUGCGACCAGGAUUUGGAGCUGGAGCCCUCCCUGUGGGCGUUGACGUUCAGGUGGAGAGUAUCGACAGCAUAUCUGAAGUCAACAUGGACUUUACCAUGACGUUGUACUUGAGGCAUUACUGGCAGGACAUCCGACUGGCCUUUCCCUCCAGCAGCAACAAGAGUCGGACUUUUGACGCUCGACUUGUGAAGAAGAUUUGGGUUCCUGACGUGUUCUUUGUGCAUUCCAAACGUUCCUUCAUACACGACACCACCAUGGAGAACAUCAUGCUGAGAGUGUUUCCGGACGGCCAUAUCCUGUACAGCGUCAGGAUCACUGUGACUGCUCUGUGCUCAAUGGACUUCAGCAGUUUCCCACUGGACACACAGAACUGCUCAUUGGAACUGGAAAGCUAUGCAUACAAUGAAAAUGACCUGAUGCUCUACUGGAAGAACGGGAACAACUCUUUGAAGACGGAUGAGAUGGUGCUUUCACAGUUUUUCAUAGAGGACUUCCAGCCUUCCUUUGGGGUCUCCUACUACAGCAGCACCGGAUGGUACAAUCGGCUCUAUAUAAACUUCAUCCUGAGGAGGCACAUCUUUUUCUUCAUGCUGCAGACAUAUUUUCCCACAAUGCUCAUGGUCAUGCUGUCGUGGGUGUCAUUCUGGAUUGACCGAAGGGCUGUACCAGCUCGAGUCUCCCUAGGCAUCACCACUGUCCUGACCAUGUCCACCAUCAUCACUGGAGUGUCCGCCUCCAUGCCGCAGGUGUCUUACGUCAAAGCUGUGGACAUCUACCUUUGGGCCAGUUUCCUGUUUGUGUUUCUGUCUGUGAUCGAGUACGCAGCAGUCAACUACUUCACAACAGUGGAAGAAAUGAAGAAGCUCAGACGGGCAAAGGUCCCUGCUUCUUUCAACAACACACAGGCCAUGGCUUUCGACAGCUGUUUCCACGACAACGACAUAGACUUGAGCCCGUUCCCGGACUCCUCGAGUGCCCCAAACACGGAGCGGAACACGCGCGCUCGCAACUCCACCGCGUCAAUCCCCGCAGAGCCCACCGGUCUCCACUGCCAGCUUCCUCUGAAACACCGCCUCAGCUUCAUCAUGAGCCACAGCUACGUGAUCGACUCGUACUCCAGGGUCAUCUUCCCCCUCACAUACCUGCUCUUCAACAUCAUCUACUGGAGCCUCUACUCUUAG